AUGUCGAAAUUAACCAUUAACGACAGGUAUUUCAUGAUACCCUUAACAGCUAAGGUAUUCUGCGAUGGCUGUAGAUCGACGAGUAUAUGGCAACUGACGGUAGCUGAAAGGAACAACGCGGCAACAUUCAUUCAAUUCACUACAGUGAAGCCGUUCAUCUUUAUGGGCUGGAGUUUUAAAUGUUUUUACUGUGAAAAAUAUUUCUCCGAUGCGCCCAGUUUAUUAGAUCACACAUCCAAACACGAGAUAUUAAAUCGAGAUUUGAUCUUAGACAAAUACGUUUCGAGAGGUAAACGUACUUUGCAAGUUGAUAUAUCAAAUCUGGUGUGUCGAUUAUGUGAUCAGGCGUAUCCAAACCUCGAUGCAGUACGUAGUCAUUUGACGCACCAACAUCACAAACUAUUUCGGCCAGCAAGUAACGGGAUGACGGAAUACAAUAUGGUCGCUAAAAACGAUUAUUUUGUAUGUCAUAUUUGCAGUAAAGAAUUCCCUUCAUUCUCACUUCUAAAUUCACACAUGAACUCUCAUUUCGGUAAGGUUGUUUGCGAGAAUUGCGGUGCUGCGUUCCUCAACCAGCAUAUGUUGCUGAAGCAUCGAGAGAAGCAUUUGCAUACAAAACACAACUGUCAGCAAUGCGAUAAGGUAUUCGUCAAAAAGAGUCAAUUGAAGUAUCACUCCGAAGUUGUGCACAAAGGAAAAGGGAAAGUGAAAAUGAAGAAAUGCAAUUUAUGCCAACAAACGUUUAAAGAGCAUUACGGUAAAAUGGUACACAUGAGGGUAGUACACGGAGUUUUUAGCAGCUUUCAAUGUCACAUGUGCAAGACGAACUUCAAUUCGAGACGAACGUUAACCGAGCACACAACUAGAUACCACACGGAGAAGUUUAAAUGCGAAUUGUGUUCUAAAUGCUUUAGCAUAGAUUCCAAAUUGAAACAACAUAUGCGUGGGCACACUGGAGAAAGGAACUUUGUGUGUCGGAUAUGUAAGAAUGCUUACAUGCAUAGCAUGACCUUGCGGAAACAUAUGAAAACUCAUGAACCAGUUUUUAAAUUCACCUGCUCAGAAUGCAUGACAGGCUUUGAUAAUGAGAAUGAUUAUUCGAAACAUGUGAAGGAGUGGCAUACGUUUGAUGAAGUUGAAGAUUGA